CUGGUGGUUGACAAGCCGGCGGGCAUCACCUCGCACGAUGUGGUCGUCUGGGCGCGGCGGCUGCUCGGCGUGCGGCGGAUUGGCCAUACCGGCACGCUGGACCCGCUGGCAACCGGGGUCCUGCCGCUCGUGGUCGGCCGUGCCACGCGCCUGGCCGUCCUCCUGUCCGGCGGAUUGAAAACCUACAAGGCGGUCAUCAGGCUGGGGGUGGUGACCGAUACCUACGACGCAGCCGGAACGCCACUGCCCGCGCCGCCCGGUGCGGAAGCCCGCGCACGCAGCCUGGAUCGCGACACGGCCGCGGCCGCCUGCCGGCGGUUCACGGGUGUCUUCCGGCAGCAGCCGCCGGGCCUUCUCCGCCAAGAAAGUGGGCGGCGUGCGAGCCUACCGGUUGGCGCGGCGCCAGCGGGAGGUAGACCUGAGUCCCGUGGAGGUGACGGUCCACGACUUCGAGAUCACUGCGCUCGCCGACGCCUGCCUGCACUGCCGGGUCUCCUGCUCGCCCGGGUUCUACAUGCGGACGCUGGCGCACGAUCUGGGCCAGGACCCUGGGCUGCGGCGGCUGUCUCGAGCAACUGCGGCGCGAGCAGAGCGGGGCGUUCACCCUGGACGACGCCAGUCAAUCUCGAGGCCGGUGCGGGUGCUCCGCUAGCGCUUCAGGAACGGCUGAUCGCACUUGACGCGCUGCUGCCGGAGCUGCCCGCGGUCGUCGUCACCCCGCACGGCGCGCAACGCGCCAGCCACGGCAACCUGCUGAGGCCGGCCGAUAUCGCGGCGGGAGCGGGACAUCCGGCGUAUACCGGCGCCGACAAUGUGAGGGUCUGCGACGACGCCGGAUCGUUGCUGGCGAUCGCGGUACCGGCGACCGGCGGCGCUUUGCAUCCCCGGAUCGUCUUGGUGUAA